AUGGAGGUUGUCGGUGGCUCGGUGGGGGAUGCCGGUUCGAGACAUUCUGCCCCGAAACCAGUAAAAAAUCCCUGGAUUAGGGGUGGUCAGUCGCCUGACUCCGAACCAAUAGAGGCCUUAUCUAAUCACCAACCCACAAACGAGUGCGCCUCAUCACCGCCUGGUGACGACCUUUCUGCCAAAAUCUUGCGUCAGAUUGAAUUCUACUUCUCGGACGCAAAUAUUUUGAAGGACCAAUUUAUGCUAAAGUCCGUUAAGUCGUCCAAAGAAGGCUGGAUGAAAUUGUCCACGGUAGCCGGCUUCAAGCGUAUUGUAAGCCUGACGACCAACGAACAAGACGUAAGGGAUGCUCUCAAAAACUCGAGUCAAGUUGAGGUUUCGGAUGAUGGUUUGUUGGUAAAAGGCACGCUUAUCCGUAGAAAGAACCCUCUUCCUGCCUGGGAUCGUCUGGUUUACACGCGAACUAUCAUGAUCUCAUCUUUCGACCCAAAAGAGGUGGUUUCCGUUGACUCAAUUACAACACUUUUUGAGUCUGUCGGCAUUCCCGUCUCUCUGGUCCGCGUAAUCGAUGCUGGUCGCAGCGUUCCGCACGACUUGGUAAAAUCUCAAAGUAUUCAUGGCUACUUGGGAAGCGAGUUGUGCGCUGUGGUAGAGUUUGAAACGCGCGAACUAGCACACCAGGCCAUUUCUUUCGUCCGCUCCCUGUGGCCUAACUGUUACUCGGUUAUUUUGAGUUAUAACCCAAAUAAAACGAAUACAGCUAAGGACAAGGCUGACAAACCGAGGGAAAAACGGAAGGAGAAGAAUUCACAGUAUGUUUUAUACUGA